GCAGAGCGCGCGGUUCUCCGUUGCUCCCACAGAGUUGAUCAGUGUCCGGAUACCUGAUGGAUGCGAUGACAGGUGGCUGACCAAAUAAAAAAACUGACGUGUCAGUCAGGACACACAGAGCCAGUCUCAGUAUCGAUUAUCGAUCGAUUACAGGCAGCUGGAAGUGUGUGAGCGGAGUUCAGCGCUUUAAACCUACAGGACUCUACUUUCUCCAUUCAUCCAUCACCUCCUCCUCCGGGAUGAAGACCCCUCUCAGCCCCUCUCAGCUCCUGGAGAGAGGGCAGAUCUUUGCCUUUGGAGGGAUGUGUCAAGAGCUGAUGGACCCGCCUAUUCCCACCACCAUCAGUCUCUCCAUGCAGCAGAUCCCAUCCACAGGUCAGAGCGGGACUUACUCGUUGUGUGAUGUGUGCAACCUGCAGCUGACCUCUGCAGCUCAGGCCCAGCUGCACUAUAAUGGCAGGUCUCACCUCCGGAGGGUGAGACAGCUGCAGGCUGGAGAGACGGGACAACAGACAUCAGCAGGGGCUCAGUCCAGAUCUCUUCCCCAGGCCACAGGGCUCAGCUCCCAGCCUGCUGGACUAACUCCCACCCCAGGCCUCUGCCCAGGCCUCAGCGUUCCUACCAGCACCACUUCAGGAAGUGGGUGUGGUGCAGUGGGAGGAGCGUUGCCAGGGCUAAUAGGUGCCACUGGUCCCUCUGUGAUGAUGAAACCGUUCCUGUCAUUUCCUGUUGAGACAUCAUCACCAGUUGGACUUUUCCCAAACUUCAACACGAUGGACCCGGUGCAGAAGGCCGUCAUCAACCAUACCUUUGGUGUCACGUUGGUACCUAAGAAAAAACAGGUCAUCUCGUGUAACGUCUGCCAGCUGAGGUUCAACUCUGACUCUCAAGCAGAAGCCCAUUACAGAGGGAGUCGCCACGCCAAGAAGCUCAAGUCUCAGGAGAAUAAAGUCAAGGCCAAGCUGUCAAUCAACGGAGAGACCAAUGGGACCAGCACAAGUCCUUCUGGCCACACCCUUCCUGUAUCUGCUAACAGCAGCACCAAUCAGAACACAGAGCUCUUACCCAGCCUCAUGGACUCCACCUCUCCUAUCAAACCCUUCCACCUUCUCUCCUCCUCCCCGCUCUCCUCCUCCUCCCCCUCCUCUAGCAGAGCGGGGAGCGAGCCUCCUCCCUCCAGUCCUCCCUCUGCUCUCCCCGCCCCUGGCCUCUCAUCCUCCUUUUCCUCCUCCUCCUCCUCCUCUUCUUCUUCUUCUUCUUCUUCAAAAGCCUCCCCGCCUCCCCCCCUUUCAGCUCCUGUCAUCUCUUCCACGCUCCCGGCUCCUCCCGCUCCUGCCUCUCAGGCCGCCUCCCAGGAUGCUCCUCUCUCUGUUGAGUCGGAGGAGGAGAAGGCAAAGAAGCUGCUGUAUUGCUCGCUGUGUAAAGUUGCUGUCAACUCGCUGUCGCAGCUGGAGGCUCAUAAUGCAGGUUCAAAGCAUAAGACAAUGCUGGAGGCUCGGAGCGGUGCUGGGCCGAUCAAGGCGUACCCUCGACCCGGAGCCAAGCUGAAAAAUGGGAGCACCUCCAUAGUGAAGGGCUCGGGCCUGCAGAACAAAACCUUCCACUGCCAGAUCUGUGACGUUCAUGUCAACUCUGAGAUUCAACUCAAACAGCACAUCUCCAGCAGGAGGCACAAGGACCGAGUGGCGGGAAAACCCAGCAAACCCAAAUACAGCCCUUAUAACAAACAGCAGCGCGGCACACUCACCACGGAGCUGGUGAAGCCCUCCCUCUCUCCCUCUUUCCUCACCACUCCCUUCGCUCCUCCGCCCUCCUCCCUCUCCAACACCAUCUCAAUCCCUCCUACCUCUCUCUCCUCAUCCCCCCUCCUUACCCCCUCCUCUCUCUCCUCCUCACCUCUCCUCACUACCACCUCCUCACCUCACCUCACCACUGCCAUCACUCUGCAUCAUCGCCCUCCUGCCUCAUCGUCACUCUUCACCGCCUCCUUCCUGCGUCCAGCUCCUGGACCAAUCAGAGCGAGCCAAGGUUCGAUUCUUUUCGCACCCUACUGAGGGCAUUGUUGAAGGUGGUGGAGUCAAAGCGGUAACUCUGAACGUCUGACCUUCUGAUUGACUGAGCUACAGGAGCGGGAGAGAUAUGAGCUCUGCCAUCAAGGCUGCAGGGAUUCAAACCUGCAGCCUUCUCACCUGACUGAGGCUUCAAAAUGAGACAGGAACAGAAAGCACCUUGUCCCCAUCCUCCUGUCUGGAUCACACAUCCUUUUCACAGGUCUGAAAAUUCACAGCUGAUCGGACAGCAACGUGUGAUGAUUUUAACCAAACAGAAAGUUGAUCAUUAACAACCCACACACAUGAAACCACACACCACAGAGGAUAGAAGGUUUCUACAUAUCCUGGAAAAGGCGUGUUUUUUUUUUUUUUUUAAUGUAGUCAUGGAUGUCUGGUAAUGGUGAAGUCCUGGAAAAUUACAGAACUUCUCCUAAAGCAAUAAAUGGUCCUGGGGGGGGAAAUCAGGGUGCAGUGUUCUGUUACCAUUUGUGAAUUUUGUGCUUCAGAUAAGAGCAAUUAAAAUGUCAAAGUUAAAGAAAAAUAUUUGCAAUAAUCAACUUGUACAUGAGAAAACUCCUGGACCUCAUCCUUUACCUGGUUUAAAUGUUUUAUAUAAACAUGACAAAGAUAUACCAGCGUCUUUGUUAAUACACAAAGAUAAAUGAGAAAGUCUGGACUCAGAAGAACCCCACUCAGGUCCAGUUUGGUUCCUCCCUCUUUAGCUCUGUCUCAAACCGUCUCCUUUGAAAUAUGAAGCUCUUCUUCCUCCUGCUGGAGGAAUCGACCAGCAAAAACCUGAUGUCAUAUCAGCACCAGGCUGUGAUGCCACAGGUGUCCGCCCUUAGAUGUGUCUGUGCUCGAUGUCCAUGUCAUUCCAAACAUACAGCAUUUCAGGCGCACCAAAAAAAUGCAGAGAGAAAAAAUAGAGAUUAAAAAAAAAAAAAUGCUGAUGUCAACAAAUCUCCUGAAAAGUCCAGAAUGUGUCUGUCCCCAAGCCCUAUGCCACAUCAAGCCACCCAAGGCUUCCUAUCCGGCCCCCAAAAAUAUAAAUUAUUGUGGGUGAUUAAACAAUAAACAUAAAAAUAAAACCACGAGGCUGAAAUACCUUCAUUAGGUUAAUGGGAGAAAUUUCAUUUCCCCUCUGACAUCAACUUCUGAGCAUCGGGCUUGACAGCUGUCAGGCUUAUGUCUCAACAUAUUUUAAAAUUUGAUGAAUUAGUAAGUUAAUUCAUCUGGAGACAAAAUGAUUGUCUCCUUUAGUGAUGUCAUUGUGUUUCAAAGUUUUUAACUCAGAGAGAAGAAAGAUAUAAAAACGUAUUAACAUGAUGACCAAACUAUGGUCAGAGCUAAAAGUAAUACUGUAUGAGUCCUGCCACUGGUUUUGAAUCUUCUUAUUUAUAAAACUUACAAACCUGAAAAAUUAGGCGAAAAGACUAAAUCAUCUUUGAAACCUACAGUUAGUAACGUGAUUAAUUGAUGGCAAUUAACCUCCAAAACAUAUUGAAAUAUUGCGAGGACAUUAUCUAAGUGUCCUAAGUUCCUGCCAAGGUAAUAAGAAUAUUAGGGUGGACAAUUUUUUUUUAUUCUCUUGCAGCCAAACUUUUAGAUUUAUGCAAUAAAAAAAUCCAGUGAAGGUCCGUUUUAAACAGGUCAGCAUCUUUUGACAAAACUCAGCCAAAACACCCCAAAUAACCUUCAUCAGAAAGUCACAUUCAUUACCUUAACUUGCUGUAUGUUUGGAACCUGAGUUUGAACUUGUGUACGGUUUCAUCUGAUGUCUACAGUUCUAAUGAUGUCUGUUGUUGCCAUCUUCACUGCCAGUGAGUGACAGAACUGAUCCGCACCCUGGACCGGCCUACUUGCUGGUUUUACAGCAGGGGGAGAAAAAAAAAGCCCUUUUGUUCUGAUUGUUGCCUGGUGUGGACUCUCAGCCGGCUGUUUGUGUUUCUGUCAACCUUCCUGCUGAAUCUGAACUGAACUUCAUGAACUUAACUCUUACUGUACCUGACAUUCUGAUCACAAGAGUCAAAGGAACUUUAUAAGACUUGAACACAUCACUGGAACUUUUCACAACCUGCAACAGCAAAAGAACGUCUUCCUGGGGGGGGGGGAGCUUUUCAUUGAGCAAAAGAGAGAAAAAUAAAUGUGUCUGGUUGCUUUUUCAGUGCCCAAAUAAUUGGUUUUACAGUGGAUGUUGUAAAUAUUUACCCAAAGCUUUUUAACGACUUUUAGACAACCAUCUGAUCUACUUUUAGAAACUUUGGUCCAGAAAAAGAGUUCCCAGAUGGGGUCCAAUAAGCUUUCCUCUAGUGCCCCCUUCAGGAUCACAUCAUAUUUGUUUCAGGUGGUUGUUUAAUAAUCGUGAAAGGAGGUUUCACAGAACCAGAAGAAACCAUAGAAGCAUUUCCAAAAGCUCAAAGGGAAGUGUUAAAGCUGAUUUUUAAGAAUUCUUAAUCACACAUAUCCCCAAGUUUUUUUUGUACCUGAACGUCUACCAGCAAUGCGAGUAAUCUCCUGAUUAGAGUUUCACCUGAGAGUCACCUGCUCUGCUCUGUGAGCAGUUCAUUGAAAGGCAUGUGAAGCUGUGUGUUGAGUCUCAUUGGCUGGAGUCAGUACGUCUCUGCUGCUCAACAAGUGACUCUGGCAGACAAACAGAGAGCUGUUUAAUGCUGGUCAGGCCCUUAAGUUAUUCACAUGACUUUACUCUCUCAGUCUCUGUCGUGUAGGUCGAUCUGUACACGGAGGUAAGACCACGUCUCCCAAAACAACGGUAAUGUACUGUAAGAUGUUUUAAAAUCAUGGGCUAUCAAGUAGUAAUGUGUGCGUGAAUGUUAUCUUCACAAUUUUUCUUGAAAAUCAAAACCAAUUGCCUCUGUAUUUCCCCCCAAAAUAAUAAUAUAUAUUUUUGAAGACUCUAAAUACAGAGGUUAGGUUUGAUGUUUCUCUCUGUUCAAACAAAUCCUACAGCAGCCAAGUUCACUCCGAAUUUUCUCCCCUUUUGGGAAAAAAAUGAGAUUGGUUGGUCAAACAGUCUGCGUUGUCGCUUCCCUCUAUGCAACAAAAACAACAACAAAAAACUGUCAUAUAAAACAGGAAAAAUACAAAUAACUGCAUGCAUAGUUCAGCAGGGAUACAAACUUGUCAGUGUUAGUCUAGACUCAAUGAAAAAGGCAUUUCUAACACUUCAACACUCCACCAUCAGACCCCUUUAGACACACAGAGAGUAUUACAUCACAAUGUUAUUAGAGCCAGCGUGGACAAGAGGAGCAAUUAAAGCCGCCAACACCACUUUAAAUCAAAACAUGGGCAUGGAAAGGUUUUACCCUGAAAGAUCUGACAAAAUGUUAACCUCUCCUUCAACAGGGAAAGUGCUGAUGCUAAAAAAAAAAAAAAAAAAAAAAGGUUAUUUCUAUGGUUUCAAAUGGUCAGUAUUCUCUCGUCUGUCUUCCUGCCUCCUCCUGGAUAACUUGAAGCAUCUCAGUCUUCCGAUAAUGAACAGAUUAAGGACAUUUGUGUGUGUGUGUGUGUGUGUGUGUUUAUCUAUGCAGUAUUUGGUCUCACGGUGCAGUCACUCUUAUCUUUGUCAUCUGGAUGCAACUGUUUAAAAAAAAAAAAAAAAAGAAGACAAAGUGUCAAAUCCAUGUUGAUGAUGUGUGAAGCCGCUUUUUGAAGCUCUGAGCCGUUCCAACUAAACUUCCUCCUCCGUCUAUUGAUGUCAACUUGAUGCAAUAAUGUACAGAUCAGCUGCUGCUUUGCUACACACUCUGCUUUCUUAUCAGCAAUACCGAGGCCUGAGAGGUCUCAAUGCAAAGUCCUAAAGUCGUUGUUACUGGGGGCGAGCCGCAAUACGAGAAAAAAAAAAAAAAGAAAAAAAUCACACGCAUUGUUUGUAGAUGAAAUGAUGAUGACUGACCAGUUCUCUUCUGUUGUAAUGUUUUCUGUUCAAAUUGAGAUUGUGCGCACAUGUAUGUUGUCUCUUCCACCUCGGGCCCGUUGAAGAAAGAAGGUUCAACAAACUCUCAGUCUAACCCUGAGCUCUGAUGAUUCACCCUCAGGUGGUAGACUCGGAGUUUUGCUGAUUCAUAGUAACAGACUAAGAGCUUAAGUUACCUCCCUCUCUGGAACGGGCUUGAGUUACCUGUCUUUCUCGGGUUUGAGCGACCUCCCUUUCUGAAACGUAAAACCCAGACUUUCCUUGAAUUCAGGGUUAACAGACUCGGUGUUUGCACUAAACCUGCUUACUGAAACGGGCCCCUGAUUGAAUCUCUUUGCGUCCAAAUACAAUCUUGUCUUCCCUCAACCCAGAGGACGUCCAAACAGUGAAUAAUAUCAGAGUUUAAAGGAGCAGUUCAAUCACUUUUCUAGAGCCUCGUCCUUAACCGGACAAUAGUUGUUUUCAGCAAUUGACACAAAACACAAUUUGAUGUAGAGAGCAUUAUACGUGAUUGUCCUCAAGAGGUAAAUUUGUCUCGGGCAGAGAAAACACACAGCUCAGAGCAACUUACAUGAACAAGCAUAACACAAGAAAUGACAACAAUAAAAGACACAGUAAGUAUGCGGCCGCUUCGAGAGCCAGGGUUGUUUGUUGAGGUAUUUGCAAGAAAUGUAUAUUUCAAACUUGAACUGAAGCAAAAAAAAACAAAAAACAAGACUUUUUUUUUUUUUUUUUU